UGAAGAAUAAGAAGCAAUGUCAAGCUAGAGACUACUUUAUAUGGGUCAUAGACUGUCAUGCAUUUUCCUCUGCAAUCGAUGCGGACAAGAUGGGGGACCGAAUGCGCGACUCCGAUUGGCCGCAGCGUUCCAGAAUUGAAUCUUUCCAUCCGGCAUCACAGACCAGCGUUGAGCGUCUCAUAGAAAAGUACAACCACUGCGUCUUCAUCUCUCUACGCCCCCAUUGCUGUUCAGCCGGUUGCUGCCAUUCGAAACUCAACCGAAUAUCGAUCUUAUCUCCUGCCCAACUCCUCUUGUGCUCGGAUUCAGGGCAAUUCAACGACAAAAAAAGAGACUACCGAAACCAGGACCAUAAACGAUUCCCCAACACAGCUGUCACCAUGGCCGGUGGUGCUGCUAAGUACCGUCAUCUCAGCCGCAAGUCGUCACAUCGACAGGCCUUGCUCCGAAACUUAGUCACAUCGCUUUUCAAGCACGAGUCUAUCACAACAACCUGGCCCAAAGCGAAGGAGGCUCAACGGCUGGCCGAGAAGUUAAUAACGCUGGGCAAGAAGAAUACAGAGGCUAGUCGAAGAAGAGCAUUGUCUGUUUUCUAUACACCCCAUGAAAUUCUUCCAAAACUAUUUGGGACCCUCCGUGAGCGCUACGCCGAACGUCCUGGUGGUUACACACGAGUUCUGCGGGUCGAGCCUAAGAAAGAUGAUCAAGCCCCUAGCGCCAUUCUCGAGCUUGUUGACGGACCGAAGGAUAUGCGAUUUGCCAUGACAGCUCGGACCGUUGCGAGACAGCGAGCACAGGGCCUCGAGGCUCUCAACGAGCUGACAACCCUGAAUGUUCACAAGGUGACAAGGUUCCGGAAAGGCGGUGUCGAGGACCUGGAACAGGCGAUCAAGCGGUUAGAAAUCGAACACAAGAAAGGUCCUACGACGCAAAAAGGCGAACAGGAGGUGGAGUCCAAGCAAUAGACCCUGUCGCCGGACCAGUUCCAAUGGCCAACAGGAGGAAUUUCUCAGGUACAAGGGGCUUAGCUGGGUCAUCGGUACUUCUCUCUCUAUCGAUCCUGGUGCGUUCGGAACUGCUCUCUGAUGAUUUUUGUAUUUGUAGCUAUAGUUUGUGUCCUUCAUAUGAUGCCCUUUUUCUCUUGGCAUCGAUUGGAACAGAAGGCCUGUAUAUUUGGGUGUUGAUUCCGCAUUCUCACGAAAGUACUUAGGUCGGUAUUGAUCUCGUGUAAUUUACUAGAAGAAGUCACUAU